AUGUUAAGACAACCGCAUCCGAUCGUUCCACUAUCAUUGCCAUCGAACUUGCCCGACCCUGAUCAACAGCCUACUACGACUCGUACAUCUCUGCCUAUAUCACCGGCACAUCCAUCUGUUAUCAAUCUGAGCCUGGACGCGGUAACGGCGGCGCAAGAACGUGACCCGAAGAUUCGUAAUAUUAUCGACCGGAUCCGAGACGGCAAGAAUGAAAGCAAUUUUGUACUACACGACAAUAUUCUCUACUGUCUUGUUUCGAAGAAUAGCCGUGCAACAAGGAGUCACGUACCAUAUAUUCCACCUUCAAUGGUGCCUGCCGUGCUCGAAACAUUUCACGAUCAUCCCCUCAGUAGUCACUUCGGAGUUCGGCGUACACUGUAUAAAAUUAAACCUCGCGCUUGGUGGCCAAAUAUGCAAAGAGGCAUCGAAAAUCACAUUGCUUCGUGCCACCAGUGUGCUCAUCAUAGAACUUGUCGGAAAAAAAUACCUGGCCAUUUGAAAUCAAUCGAGCCGCCAAAUGAUGUGUUCCAAGUGAUCCAUCUCGACUUCUGGGACCCCGUUCGGUCAUCAAAGCAAGGCAAUCAAUAUGUGCUUGUGCUGACCGACAACUUGUCCAAAUACGUGAUUGCACAGGCAUUACCAAAUAACACAGUCAAGGCUACUGCUGAAGUUAUCAUCAACAACUUCAUUUUGGUUCAUGGCGUCCCCGAACGAAUCAUCACUGAUAAUGGCGUUCAUUUCAAUAAUGCCCUUGUUAAAGUGAUCACAUCAGCGAUGAAUAUCAAUCACGCAUUCUCGGCAUCAUACCAUCCACAGACAAAUGGCCAAGUAGAGCGCUUUAACGCCACAUUUUCUACGCAGUUGGCGAAAUACUGUAACGAGGACCACGAUGAUUGGGACGACAAUUUGCAGUCAGUUCUCUAUGCCUACAACACCGGCAUUCAUGCGACAACAGGGUUCACUCCAUACGAACUGGCAUUUGGCCGUAAACAAAACAGGCCAUUCGAUCCAAUAGCACCAACUAUCACAAUUCCGGCUACAGGCGAUUUUUAUAAUCGACUUAUACGAACACGCAAGAUCUUGAUCAACCAUAGUCCAGAGAACAUUCAACGUCAACAGCAGCGAGCCAAGCAUCGAUACGAUCAGCAUCGCAAGACCACAUCUUAUUCGAUUGGUGAUUAUGUGUUUGUUAAAGUAUGCACCGGUCGAAUAAAGUUGGACGAACGUUGGAUCGACCCGUGUUGUAUCGUUGAUAAAUCGGGUGAAUAA